AUGGUUAAGAUAGAGGAUUAUGAUUAUCUGUGCGAGGAGGAGAAGCGCCUGAGGCAGGAUAAACUGGGAGAGAAGUAUUGGAAGAGGUGGGGGCCUUAUGUUGCUGAGCGACAAUGGGCGACGGUGCGAGAAGAUUACAGCGCGGAUGGCGAUGCGUGGAGUCAUUUUCCUCACGAGCACGCGAGAUCUAGAGCUUUUAGAUGGGGAGAGGAUGGGAUUGCUGGUGUUUCGGAUACCCAUGGUCUCCAGAACAUAUCAUUUGCGUUUUGGAACGAGGAAGAUGAUUUCCUCAAGGAGCGGUUGUUUGGAUUGUCGAACCCACAGGGAAACCACGGAGAGAGUGUAAAGGAGGCACAUUUUCAUGUGGAUAAUACACCUACGCAUUCAUACAUGAAAUUCCUCUACAAGUACCCACAGCGGAAAUUCCCCUACGAGGACCUUGUCGAAGAGAACGCAAAACGCGGCAAGGCAGACCAGGAAUAUCAAAUAUUGGACACGGGAGUUUUCGAGGACGAUAGAUAUUGGGAUAUUGUCAUUGAGACUGCGAAGGAGACUGAUAACCCGGACGAGCUGCUCUUUCGAGUGACCGCUUGGAAUCGGGGGCCGGAACCUGCGCCGCUACAUAUAAUACCUCAUGUUUGGUUUAGGAAUACUUGGGCUUGGGGCCAUGAAUCGGCGGACAAGAAGCCGAGCAUGCACCGGGUCAGUCCCUUGGUUGCGCAUAGCAAGCAUCACAAGCUCGGAGAACGAUAUUUUCAACUAUCCCCUUCCCCUGGAGUAGGAUUGAGUGGCCAGGAUGUUGAGCCAGAGCUCAUCUUUACUGAAAACGAUACGAAUUUUGAGAGCUUGUAUGGCGGGAAGAAUGAGCAGCCCUACGUUAAAGAUGCAUUUCAUCAUUAUAUCGUGGACAAAGAAAAGAAAGCCGUCAAUCCCAAACAUACAGGCACCAAAUCCGCUGCUUGGUAUGCUUUCAACGAGAAUGGCGGUGUUGCUCCAGGGGAGUGUGCUGUCGUCCGAUUCAGGCUCUCCAAGAAAUACGAGGACUACAUGGACGAAGAACUAUUCGACAGCAUUAUGGACCUACGCAAGGACCAAGCGGACGAAUUUUUUUAUCGUAUAAGCCCGCUGCCUAUGGCCGAGGACCUUCGGAAUAUCCAGCGACAAGCAUUCGCAGGUAUGAUGUGGUGCAAGCAAUACUACCACUUUAUCUGGGAUCAGUGGGCAAAUGGGGAUCCGGGACAACCUCCUCCUCCUGCUGAACGCAAAGCCGUUAGAAACAGUCAUUGGAAACAUAUGCAUCUCGAUGAUAUCUUGUCCAUGCCUGACUCGUGGGAAUAUCCGUUCUUCGCUGCCUGGGAUUCUGCAUUCCAUUGCAUACCGUUGGCGAUGAUCGACCCGGACUUUGCAAAGAAGCAGCUUGAUUUGUUUACCAGGGAGUGGUAUAUGCACCCGAAUGGUCAAAUACCUGCUUAUGAGUGGAACUUCGGGGACGUGAACCCUCCUGUCCAUGCCUGGGCUACCUUCCGCACUUUCAAGAUCGAAAGAAAGAUGUAUGGGCGAGAGGAUUUAGAUUUCCUCGAGCGAGUCUUCCAAAAGCUUCUGUUGAACUUCACCUGGUGGGUCAAUCGGAAGGACUUUGAGGGCAAAAAUGUCUUUGAAGGCGGCUUCCUUGGGUUGGACAAUAUCGGUUUAUUCAACCGUUCAGAACCGCUACCUACAGGUGGUACUCUAGAGCAAGCCGAUAGCACUGGAUGGAUGGCCUUUUACUGUUUGUGUAUGUUGAACAUUGCGUUGGAGCUGGCGAAGCAUCGCCGGAUCUACGAAGAUAUCGCUUCGAAGUUUUUUGAGCACUUUAUGCUGAUCAGUGAUGCCAUGACAUACAAGUCUGGAUCGAAGGAGAAAUCAUUGUGGAAUGAAGACGAUGGGUUUUACUACGAUGCUAUUGCCUACAGUGGGCCAUACACCCAGCAACUUCCAGUCAGGUCUCUUGUCGGCUUGAUUCCAUUGUAUGCCACUCUUACACUGGAGCCAGAGCUCAUAAAUAAGCUACCAUCCUUCAAGAAACGGCUUGAAUGGUUCGUUGAGAACCGACAUGAUGUUGCGGAACGCAACAUGGCUAGUAUCCGGAAAAGAGGACAAGGAAACCGAAUCCUCCUUUCACUUGUGAGCAAGGACCGCCUCGAGAAGAUCUUGAAGCGUAUGCUGGACGAAGAUGAAUUCUUCAGCGACCAUGGAAUUCGUUCGUUAUCGAAAUACCAUGAGAAGCACCCUUACUCCAUGGAUGUCAAUGGCCAGGAAUUCAAAGUGAGCUACGUCCCUGGCGACUCGGACAGUGGUCUCUUUGGGGGAAACAGCAACUGGCGAGGCCCUAUCUGGCUAUGUGUUAACUUCCUACUGAUUGAGUCUCUUCAACGAUUUUAUAUGUUCUACGGCCCUCAGUUCAAGGUGGAAUGCCCUACCGGUUCGGGCGAUUACAUGCAUCUUGGCCAUGUAUCGGAGGAGAUUCAACAUCGCUUGCAGCAUUUGAUGGCGCGUGGAGAUGAUGGUCGCCGUGCUAUCAAUGAUGGCAAUGAUACGUUGGACUUUGAUCCUAAUUGGAAGGAUAAUUUAUGGUUUUAUGAAUUCUUCGACGGGGACACGGGACGCGGUUUGGGUGCUACGCAUCAAUGUGGUUGGACUGGAUUGAUUGCCAGGAUGAUUCAUGAUACAGGGCUGAUCUGCCGCCUUCCCCAAACACCCCGUACACCAUCCACGGGCAUGGCCCACUACUUCGACGACGUUUUUACUCGUAAUGCCGGCGCUCCCAAGCAGAAGAAGCCAAUGAUUCGUCGAUCAUCGACAAGUCGGUCCCUAGGCCAAAGAAGCGAUUUCGAGUCCUCAAUCAACGGGGACGACGAGGCUGCCUCUGUCGGGAAUUCAGUUGAGACAGAGACGGAGGACCGCCGGAGAGAACGCCAGGAGGCGGAUAUCCAUACGGCGCACUAUGUUAGCGAGCAGUUGCAGCUGGUCCGUAGCCAUGAGAGUGCGGAUUUUAACCGGGCCGAUGAGUUUGAGGCGCAGUUGGAUGGGCAGUAG